UCAAUCAGCGUCACCAGGAUGUCGUGCUCGUGCCAGCGUCAGUCGCCGUCGUCGGGAGGCCGCGGCCGCGCCGUCCCCGUCGCCGACGCGGCCCCGGGCGAGCUGGCGGCGCCGGAGGCCAUCAACCUAGUCCCCAACGGGAAGCGCGGCAUGCCGGUGCUGAUCACGCCGUCGCUACCGCAGCAGCAGGGCGGCGCGUCGGCGGCGGCGUUCCAUGGCAUCAUCGUGCUCAAGGAGGAGAGCGAGGACCCGGUGGCGCUGCGGAACAAGUGGUUCAGGGAGAUGCGCGGGUGGCUGAUGGUGGUGGCGACGGUGGCGGCGUCGGCGUCGUACCAGGCCGGGCUGAACCCGCCGGGGGGGUUCUGGCAGGACGACGCGCCGGGGCCCGGCGGGCACAGCGCCGGCAACCCGGUGCUCCGGCACACGUCGCCGGCGAGGUACAAGACGUUCUACUACUUCAACGCGACGACGUUCGUGACGUCGCUGGUGAUCACGGUGCUGCUGAUGAGCGAGCGGUUCUACCGGUCGGAGACGAAGGUGGUGGCGCUCAUGAUCGCCACCUUCCUCGACCUCGCCAGCCUCGUCGGCGCCUACAUCGCCGGCUCCACCCGCUUCACCUCCUCCUGCAUCUACGUCAUCGUCAUCACCGGCUUCGCCUUCGCCUGCGUCAUCGCCAUGGGAGAGGUGAUGGAGCAAUGCUGCGGGUUCGUGCUGAGGACGUCGCCGUGCAUGCUGAGCCUGGCGCAGCGGCACUGGUGCCCGGUGCCGAGGAGCGUGGUGGACAGGGCGGCGCGGCAGGCCAAGGACGACCUGCACAUGAUGGACCGCGUCAACAACAAAGCGAAAGCGGCGGCGCCGGGGAGCAGUAGUAGCAGCAAGCAGCGGCGACCUUGUUGCUGCCUGUGUUGCGCCGGCCCGCCUCCCACCGAUGUCUGAUCGAUCGAGAGGGAGGGGAGGCGGCAGCAGCAGCAGCAGCAGCCGGCAGAGGCCAUACGCCCGUACCAAUACACCAUGGCCCUUAAUUAGCUUGUUCUUGCAUCGGGCAGUUUGUGAUCUCCUUUAAACUGCUUUUUGCACGCACGCAUCCAUUUAUGUUUUUUUUUUUUUGCUACACAUGUUAUUCGGCUCUUGUCAGAAAAAAACAUUUUUUUCUCUGUAGUAUGGAUAUGUAUCAUGCUCGGUUGAUUUUACCAAUUUGUCAUGAAUAAAACAAGGGAACAAUGGGACUACCCAUAUGUAUGGAUC